AUGCCGGGCCAGGACCGUGGAAGGUCCAGAUCCCCUGCCGCGGGUCUGAACACUCGCAGGAUCUCCUCUGCUAUUUGCGGAAUGGUGCGCUACGAGAAGAACCGCCCGGCGGGCCUUCACGUGGACAGCGAUGGCACGUUCGAUCUUGACAACUUGAUGGAGGUCUGGGGCGAGCGCCAAGGCCUCACAAAGCAGGGCAUCAUCAACGCGGUCCAGGUCCACAUGUUCCAGGACCAGAUUUCACGCACCCUCCGCUACUCCAUGAAAGAGGAGGACAACGAGGUUGUCUCAAUCCGGGUCCACCCCAGUCGUAACCAAGGAGGGCGCUUCAGCGGUGCUUCGGUGUCGCGGCACAAUCGGAAGGAAUCACGCGGGGGCACGUGGUGGCGCGACAAGUAUCGCUGGAGUGGUGGUCAAGGAGACGAAGGCGGCAUCACCGAUGAGGAGGACGUUCUAGGGGCUGCGAAGCGGGAGCCCGGAGGGGAGUGGCCAGCCUCCGCCACGAAGAAGGAGAAGGACGCAGCUUCGUGGUCCGGCACCUGGGCAAAAGCCGAGCCAGAGGAAGACUGGAACUGGGCCAGCAACUCCUGGGGCAGCGGCCAAUGGCGGACCAAGCACGAGCAAGAGGAUGUUUGA